AUGGCGGCCGCCAGUGAGGAGAGGCGCCAGGGUAGCCCGCAGCGCGGCGCCGAGGCCCUGGGGGGCCGCCGCUGCUCCUCGCCUGAGGAGACCACACUGGAAGUGAGCUGGGUUCAGGGAUUCUCAAACAAGAACUUUGGCUUUAUCAACAAUCAAACUGUCUGCUACUCCUGUGGCAAUUACAUCCUCUUCUUGGACAUUAAAACAAAGAAGACAACAGCACUGCAGUGUCGGACUGGCCAGGUGGGAGCCUUUGCAGUGAACCCCAACCAUGGAGUGCUGGCCUUUUCAGAUCGGAAGCUGAAUCCUGUCAUAUAUAUCUACAGUUUUCCAGAGCUGAAUAAACUGACAGAGUUAAAAGGUCACAUUCAAUUGGACUACACCUUACUUGCAUUUAGUUUCUUGGGUCCAUAUCUAGCCAGUUACUCUUCAUUUCCAGACUUUGUUCUUUCAGUAUGGAACUGGCAAGAGAAUAUCCUCCUGUGCAGUGAGUCUCAGCCAGGAGUAGCAGCAACCUCCAUGAGUUUUAAUCCUAUGAACUGGCAGCAGCUCUGUUUUGUUACUGAGAGCUCUGUUACCAUCUGGCAUAUUGAAAGAAAUCAUGACGAGCAUUGUCUUAUACAAAACCCUGUGAAACUCCCUGAUGUGCAAGGUUCUCUGAAUCAUCAUAAGGAUUUGUUUUUCCCAUAUCCUUGUGUUGAAGAUCCCUACCAUGGCCCUGUUAUGCCAGUUUCAGCCAUUGCUGGACUGGUAGGAGAUGAAGCAGAAACAUUUGUGCCUAGAUCUGAUAUUAAGCCUUCAUUGCAUCCUACUGCCCAUUGCUGGACUGCAACCUCUGACAUUUACCUGGGCUGUCAAGAAGGUUAUAUUUUGGCAGUUGAUACUAUGAAAUGCAGUGCUUCAAUUAUUCAACGAAAACCUCUAUCUGAACAGGUGCGUAAGGUAUCGGACAUGUUGGACUACAUUCGUAGAGAAGUACAGAAAAAGAAAGGUGGCAAACCAAAGGCCCUGCAAAGAACAGUUGUGUUUACCAUGGUGUUUUGUAAUGAGGGACUGUACACAGCUGGAAUUGAGGGCAUUUUAUACUUGUAUCGUAUCAGAGAUCUCCAGUAUGAGAUGGAAAUCUGCGCUGACAUCUCAGAGCCCAUAUCCACCCUCAUAUUCUCUCCUGAUUACACAAUACUUCUGAUUAUUACUGAUCAGGGGACAAUCUAUUCUUACGAACCUGCCCACAGUGGAGAAGCUGUCAAACUCCUGAAUGCAUUCAGCAGUUAUUUGCUGGCUGCCGAUUUCCUUACUCCGGGGGACAAGUACUGUGUGUCUGUUACAAUUUCAGGUGAAGUAAAAGUUUGGCUUCUGGAAAAUGGGACUUGCCUCAGCGUGCUAAACCUUGAUAUUGAGGCAACGGCUAUGGCUUGCUGUCCCUCUUCAAACAGUGUUGCUGUAGGAACAAAAGGGGGUCAAAUCUAUUUUAUUGACAUUACCAAAGUUGAAGCUCCACGGGUUGUUCACAGAAUUUUUCUUUCCAGAUUUCCAGUACUAUCUUUGCAUUAUGAUCAGAGUGGCCAGUUCCUCAUCAUUAGAGCUGUGGAAGGUUAUAUCUUUAUUCUAGAUGCUCGGCCUUCAAAAUUAUUCCAAGUUCUUGGAUAUGUAGUGUUGGCAGGUGAGGUGCUGAGUCUUUCAGUAGUUUCUGACUUCAAGAACAAUGUAGUUGAAGUGAUGGUGCUUCUGAAUGUGGCAGAGAUCCAACAAACAAGGCUGGAAGUUUUUUGCCUGUCAUCAACACUCAUGGAAGGAAUUGAUAAGUAUGCUAACAAUCAAGGAAUGCUAAAUGCUAGUGCCAUUAAAAAGGAGCAAUAUGAUCUGGAGUACCCUCUGAGUUCAGCAGUCAGACUGAAGGAUAACAUUGUUUAUGGCUAUUGUACCUGUGCACCUUUCAUCUGUAAAUACAAUCUCUCUAAACAGAGCAUUUUGGAAGAUCCACCAGUAUUUUUAUCAGAAAAAGUAAUUCCUACCAAUCAGUUUGGAUCAGGAUUCAUCUGUUUGUCACCCAACAGCCGAUGGCUGGCUUCAGCCGCAAAGGAUGGUGUUUUGUUCAUCUAUGACACUUCUACCAUGGAGCUACUUGUUCAAAACUAUUGUCACUCAUAUGAAGGAGGGGGAAUCAGAUCUGUGGUAUUUUCACCAGAUGGCAAAUUCAUCCUGGUCAGUGGUGAAAGUGACGGUGCCCUGGUGUGUCUGAAAUGGAAGAAGAUAAAGGAAAUGGAAGUUAAGGAAGCUGAUUUGCACUGGCAAUCUCUUCUUACUAUAUUGAACAAGUCUAUUUCGGAUGAAAAUGCUGUUUUAAGAUGUAUGGCAGGAUGGCAGAUUGAGUCAGAAUCCACAUCAGAAUCGGUUCCAGAAGAGAAAUCUGAGAAGUCACCACUUGAACCUUCCAGUGCAGCGGUGACAGAAGAUGGAAACCUUGGAAAUUUGCAUUCAGACAGUACUAGUGAAAUGACCUGGUUAUGUCAGAAAACAGAGAAGGUCAUUAAGGAAGAGUCUGAAAGGUUUGCCAACCAGAAGAAAGAGAUUCAAAUGGGAAUUAAGAAGCUGCAUGAAACUAUCCAGAAAAUGAUGCAUGAAAAUGAACAGGUGCCAGAUAUUGAGAAACUGGGACAGCAGGAGUUCAACCUGGAUAUGGAAGAGCAGGAAAGAGCACAAGCAGAGGCUGAAAGAGAAGUGGCCAGGAUAAGGGAGAAGAUUGAAAUGGAGAUCUUAGCUAAUUGCUACUUGCAGGAUGUCAUCAAACAUGAGUGCUGGGAUUCCAUGUGUGUAAAAGGACGGGCAGUUAAGUGUUUCCAUAUAGCUUGUGAAGUGAAGAAUUAUCCCCUGAAGAAACGUGAUGAAGAAGAGCUGAGAACUUUGGAGAAAGUUCUGCACUUAAGGAAGUUUGAAGCAGCUAAUCUUAAGGUUCAGAAAAAAGUUCUUGAGACUAAAUCUGAGGCUGUAUUAUUUGAAGAAGAAGAGAAUACAGGAGAAGUCAUGGCUGGUGAUACUGCAUCUUGCUGCCUGGAUGGAAGUCUGAGUUCUCAGUAUGGUGCAGACACAUCUAUACUUUACCACCAAUUGGACUUGCACUCCAGGGAGCAGAAAGUCAAUCAGAUAGUAUUACUGAAGGACAUCAUAUACAAAGUGAAAACUGCUUUUAAUAAGGAAUUUGACAUAGUUGCUCAACAAAAGGAGCAGGAGAUAGCACGAAUUAAAGAAAGAAACAUAAGGAUCCGAGAAAUCUUGGGACAACUUGACCUCCAAGUGGAAGUGUGGGAGCCAGGUCUUACAUGUGAUGAGAAACCAGAGCAGGUGUUUACUGUUCAGGAUUCAGAGAUUAAAGCUGAAAAAUACUUGACUCCACAAGAGAGAGAGAAAGCAGAAAUGCUGGCCAGACUUGAAAUGGAAAGACACCUUGCUUCUCUGGACAGUGAAAGACAGCGUGCUCUCAAUGACAUGAUGGGUGGAGUUCUAGAAGUCACACAGGAAGAUAUCUUGAAAAUUGAUAUUCCUCCACCUUAUUUUAUAUCCAAGCCUGAAGAUGAAUGGAAUGAUCAAGAGAAGAAAAUAUUCAGAAAAUACGAGGAAAAAGUUAAAGAGCUGAAUGAAGAAAAAGAAAAAUAUAGAAGGGCACUGAAAAAUGAAUGGGAGGAACUUGAAGCUUCCAUCCAGGAAACAACACAAAACUUUGAUAAGAAUGUGUGCAAACUUUUUGAAAAGAAAGUGAACUUAGAGAAGGUCAUCUAUCAGGAAGAACUCAAAAUUGUCAAUCUCAUUUAUUCUUUAAUGUUGGAUGAGGAGUUGGACAGUAGAAAAGCUGGACUUUGUCAUUUCCUGGUAAAGAAGCAGAAAGAGAAAGUCAAGAUUGCGAGAACAGUGGAGACUACAAGAAAGAAAAUUGAUUUUUACACAGAACAAUACGAUAAUGCAGUAGCUGAAGAUAAGAAUCUGGAAUAUGGUUUUAGGAAGAAUUUUGCUGAUGUUCCUGCUAAUCUUCUUGAUGAACUUUUGGAACUUUACAAAUGUCGCCCAAGGACUGUAAUGACAGAAAUCUCUCUGGACACUGCAACCUGUUCUAGAAGUUCUUCAAUGUCAGCUGAAGAUUUCAAAGAUGAACUCACCCGUUUAAUGAAAGCUAUGGAUGAACUGGAUAAUCCUGAGCACAUGCCUAAUGGCUUAGACCCAUCUAUAUGGGAAAGUUUUUGUCUAGCUAGACGAAAUAAAUUCAAGAGUGAGCAGCUGGUGAAAUGGAUGGCCCUAAUUCUGGCAGAAAUUGAGGUCUUUCUCCAAAGAAGAAUAGAUGACAAUGAGAAGAUGAGCUCAAAAAUAGAAAAAAUUUUCCAAGAACUCACUUGGCUGCAGGAGGAGAAGAUAAAAUUUCAACUGAAUUUGACUUUCCAGUUUUUGCUAAAACAAGGACAGGUAGAAUUUGAAAGUACUGAGAUCCCAGAUUACGCUGAUGCCAUUUUCAUUAAAAAGAGUGUUAUUGAAGAACUGAAUUGCAAUAUCAUGGAUCAAGUAGAAAAAAAAAUUGCUAGCAUGGUGGAAUGCAAAGAAUUCUCUAAGGGGAUAUUUCAGCUGGAAUGGGAGCACAAGAAAAUGAGAAUGCAAAUAGAAGAUCUGAAUCAGAAAGCUCGGGAUAUUGCAACAUUACCUAUUACCAAAGAUCGCCAGCUAUUCCUAACCAUGCUGGACUAUGAUAGCCACAUUGCCCACCGCAUCGCAGUGAUGGAGCAGACUCUUGUUGUCAUGGAUAAGCUGCACAAGAAGAAUAUGAAGAAACAUCAGAAGAGAAUUAAAGAGUUGGAGAAGUGCAUCAGUUUAAAAGAGCAAGCGAACUAUGAGCUGAGCCUUGAGCUGAAGGAAAUGCUUGUGUCUGUUUCAGAAAGGAGGCAUAUCUAUCAGGCAGCUGACAUGCAGCAUAUUUCUGAAAGGAAUGCAAAGCGGCGUUACCAGGAGAUUUUGAAGCAGAAAGAGCUGCGAGGUCUCAUAGAGGAACAGGAAAAACACCUUGGAAUUCUUCAAGCAGAAGCUGAAAGAUUAAGAUCGAAAACAUUCCCUAUUCUUUAAAA